CCUCUGUCAGUCGCCAUUUUAAGACGGUCGAGUCACCGACUAGUUGCAAACGUCUGUUACGCAGCAGGUCUGUAGCGUUUUUUAAUCAGAUUUACGCCGAUCUUCGAACCAAUGUCUCGAUUUCACAACAAUCGCGGCGGACUCGGGAUGAAUCACUUCCAGGCCCGCAGAGGCGGUGGACCAGGGGGCCCGAUACGCGGCGGACUGAUGGGGAACCCGAACUUCAGGAACCAUCCCUUCCAAAACCAGAACCAGAAUCGAAGGGGACAAAACAACAACUUCAACAAACCGAACAACCAAGGGCCACAGAUCACCCCCCAGAAGAACCUGCCCAUCAUUCCACCACCAACCCCCGGCCCGGCUCUCACAAUGAAAGGCCCCAUGCAGCAGCAGCAGCCGCCAGCGGCCGUGCAGCCACCAAAGCCGGCGACCCCCGCUCCUCAAGUCAGCAUCAAGACCUCACCGCAGAAACCCAUCCUGUCCUCCCCUCCACCCCCCAUCCAGGUCAACAAGAACCAGAACCAGACUCCGGAGCUGAAGUCCCCGGUAGGAAAUACUAACGGACAACAACAGCAGCAGCAGAAGCCGCCGCAGCAGCAGCAGCAGCAUAAGCCGCCGCCGCAGCAGCAGCAUCAACCUCCGCCAACACCACGUCCGAGCCCGAGGUCCGGGCCUCACCAGGGCCAGAGGAACACCCCAUACCAGGGCCAUAGGGGGGCACCACCGCCGAGCAAGUUCAAGCAAGAGCGGGAGCGGGAGGAGCAGGAGAAACGGUCAUCAAACACGAAUUCAGCGGAGGCCAGCGCACCACAGGAGGGAUUCAAGGCCACACUGUCCAUGCUGCUGAAGCCUGGUGAGAAGACAUACACUCAGCGGUGUCGUCUGUUCAUUGGUAACCUGCCCAGCGACAUCACAGAGGAGCAGUUCAAGAAGCUGUUCGCUAAGUAUGGAGAGCCCAGCGAGGUCUUCAUCAACAAAGGCAAAGGCUUUGGUUUCAUCCGGCUGGAGUCUCGUGCACUGGCUGAGAUCGCUAAGGCAGAGUUAGAUGACACACCAAUGAGAGGCAGGCCCUUGCGUGUCCGGUUCGCCACACACUCGGCAGCCCUGUCCGUGAAGAACCUGUCACCGUUCGUCUCCAACGAGCUCCUGGAAGAGGCGUUCUCACAGUUUGGAAUGGUCGAGAGGUCCAUUGUCAUUGUAGACGACCGUGGGCGCUCCUCUGGCAAGGGCAUUGUCGAGUUUGCCUCAAAACCUGCUGCCAGGAAGGCUCUGGACAGGUGCAACGAAGGAGUCUUCCUUCUCACAACGUCACCUCGGCCUGUUAUUGUCGAGCCUCUGGAGCAGUUUGAUGAUGAAGACGGUCUCCCAGAAAAACUGGCACAGAAGAAUCCCAGAUAUCAAGCAGAGCGUGAGGAGCCUCCUCGCUUCGCUCGUCCCGGCACUUUCGAGUUUGAGUACUCCAAGCGCUGGAAGUCCCUCGACGAAAUGGAGAAGCAGCAGAGGCAGCAGGUGGAGAAGAACAUGCGCGAGGCCCGCGAGAAGCUCGAGAGUGAGAUGGAGGAUGCCUUCCAUGAGCACCAGGCCAGUCUACUCCGACAGGAUCUGCUGAGGCGACAGGAGGAACUUCGACGCAUGGAGGAGGUACACAGUAAGGAGAUGCAAAAGAGGAAGGAGAUGCAGCUCAGACAAGAGGAAGAACGCCGUCGGAGGGAGGAGGAAAUGAUUCGUACGAGAGAGAUGGAAGAACAGAUGCGCCGUCAGCGUGAGGAGAACUACAGGAUGGGCAACUUCAUUGAUAGGGAGAGGGAAAUGAGGAUGAAUCCCAGUGGAGCUAUGGGCAUGGGAGAAAUGCCCUUCGGUGCUGCCGGUCAGAAGUUUGGAAUGGGCUUUGAGGGACAGCAGGGAAUGGGGCCGUCCGCAGGAGGCCUGAUGGGCAACGAAAUGCGCAAUGAGCGCUUCGCCCAAGGCGGUCCUAGGGGAAUGGGUCCUGGCAACCCUGGGUACGGCAGGGUUCGGGAGGAGUUUGAUGGUCCUGCUAAGAAACCCCGUUUUUAAACGCUGCUCUUUGAUGCACCCUACAGCAAUUUGUACAGAUACUUCAAAACAAAUAUGUUGAAUCGCAUUUCUUGUAUUUAAGUUUAAGAUUGUUGCUACAUUUGAGCUCGACAAUUUGCUCCUUUUAUGACCGAGUCAAUUUUUUUAUUUUGUGUUGUCAGUAGUUUGGAAAGAUAGCUCGCCCUCAUGUGAUCCUUUAGUUCUUCCUGACCCAUGUACAUUUUUCUUUUGUAGAUGUACUUUCCUCUGUGAGUCGCCGUGAAGUGAUACUUGUAACAUUUUUCUCAACUUUCUAUGGCUGUGUUUUGUGCCAUUAAUUUGGAAUCAAAGCAUGUAUUAUAAUAAAGACAAAUUGGUUCUAUGAGGACAACAAACCUUUAGAGUUUAUUCCUGAACGAUGAAAUGUUCAAAAACAAUCCAAAUCUUUGUUUAAACAAAAAAGAAAUGUGGAUUAAUCUGCCACAUUAGGUCUUAAAGGGUCUAUGUGUUAUCUCUGCCACAAUCCUGACCUGUAAUUCAGUAAAGGGAACCAAAAAAAACGUUACGUCCCUUCCCUCUCGCGGAUUUGUAAAACUUUCAGCAUCUGAUCUGAUUUCGUCGACCAGGCGCAAUUUAUUCUGCAUUUUUAAUCCACAGCUGUUUAAUUCCAUUUGAACACUGCACUCGGGUGUAAACCGAGACAUUUAAGCAUUAAGAAGUUCAUGUUUAGUUGGGUGCACUAAUUUGGUCAAACGUUUCGGGUAAGCAGAAAUACUACACAUGGAGCCUUUAAGAAUGCAAGUUUGCAUAGUGGAAAGACAUGAGUCUCCUUAUGAACGCACUCUGCUCAGAUCACAUACAUAGUCCACAAUAGUGUCUCUUGUGCUUGUGUGAGCAAGGGUUAUUGAACAUGCAGUCCCUUAUAUUGAAGGGUCACAGCAAUUUAGUCAACAAACUUCACUUACAGUUAGUGUUGCUGCCCUCGUUGAAGCUGAACUAGAGCCAGGGCGCCCUAUGGAGUCCAGUGUCCCAAUGUCUGAGCAAUUAAGUUGUUUUCACGUAGUGAAAACACCAAAUGCUCAGCAGAGCUCUGACUGCGUUGUCCCUCUCUGAACUGAAACCCAACUGAACGAUGGACAUUACCUGUGAUCCCGACUUCCUGAACCAGAAGAGCUGAAGCUGUAACAAAUAAACCAAACUCUUCUUAGUGUUAAUUGAUCAACAGUUCAGAAUUACACUUGAGCUUGCUGGACCUGAUUCCGAUGAUUGAAGCUUCGCACUUCACAGUUGUCACCCAAUCGUAUCCACUCACCAAAGUUUAGAAGAGCAAGAACAGAAGUUCAUGGUGAAGAGUGUGAAUGAAGAGGAAACAUUCUCCUCAUUCCAAGUGGCUGAUCCAUCAAACUCAUUUGAAUAAAGGUGAUAGCUUAAGUCUAAAAGUUCCUUUUAAUUGGGCCGUUGGUGACCCAGUUUGUAUUUAUUUCUAUUAAUCAAACAUGAUUGGACAUAAAGAACCAUUUAAAAUAACUUUUCUACUUUGAUAUAAGUGUUAAUCAGCUGCUGAUAGUGUUAUGGCAAUUGGUUAAGUAAAUGGUGGUCAUACCAUCUAUUAACAGCUGUAUGAUCGUAGUUGGAAACAAUAGAUUUAUGAGUGGAUUAUUCUUUACAAUCCUGAAUGUAAACGGGGUCAUUUUCAGUUACUUGACUUCUGUUACAGCAGAUCUACAUAGUUGGUGUGUAAAAGGAACACAGAGGAGCAUCUUUACUGAAGGAUAUGGUAAAAGGUCAUCUCCGAAUCCAACCGCCAUACCUUAGCCACAGUACCCGACUUAACAUGAAGUGCAGGAGCUGUAAAGGUCCGAUUUUGAAGAAUUGGAAGAACCAAAAGAAACCAAUGUAAAUGUUUUACAGUUCUAUCUUGAAGAAAAAUUUAACUUGAAAGAAAGUGGUAAUGGAGAAAAUAUUUUAGCUCCAGUUUUAAAGACACUUGUGCUCAACGCAAGUCCAUUAUUAUAUGAACUGAACAAGAAGACAAAACAACCAGCGUCUAAAUCCUGUACUUAUGAGCAAGCAAUUUACAGCCAGUCAUUGCUGAACCUUUUUCACUUUUUGUUACUGACACUGUUAAUGUUUUACAUUCCCAAGUGAAUCCCCUUCAACAUCAUGACACACAUCAUGACAACAUGAAAAAAGAAACUCUAUAGUGAGCUUUUAUACAGAAAUCAUGUAAUACAUAUGUAUUGUUUGUCGCAUUAACCAUCCAUAUGGCUGGAAAGGGAUUUUUGAUCCUUGGUAAUUAUAAAGUUUUUUUUUUUUCUUUUCUCUCCAGUCCUUCUUUUGACUUGAUGUUGGACCAGUCAUGACCAUUCUGGUCCCUUCCUAAGUAAUUAUGUCAGCACCUGGAGGUUUUAACAUCACAUGGCAUCAAGGUGGAGCUUGGCCUCUAUUUAAUGAUUUACCUUAGAAAAGCAUUUUUCAUAAUAAGUCCAAUGAUAGAUUGUAAACUUUUUAAACCCAAGUCAAUUCCAUUUACCUUUUUUAUUGAUAAGAAUAACUUGGUUUAAUUUGAUUUAAAACUUGCUGACAGAAAAAGCUGAUUCAACCAUUGUCUACAGACUGUAACCAUUUUUUAGGAAGGUUGUGUUACUUGUGUUCAAGCCAGCUGCUGUCAGCAUCUGGCUCCAGUUAAUGUCGAUGCCAAAAACCUUUAACCUUGGUUGCAUCUUUAUUUUUACGUUUAGUGGCUCAUCAUCUUAGCUUUGUAUUCACUUGUACAGUCCUUACAUUGUGACCCCAGCUGCACUGACAGCAGUGUGCAAGUUAAUUAGAUUCAUCAACUAUAGGCUUAAGCUGAAUAUUUUCUUAACUGCAUUGCUAAUGAUUAUUACUAUUCGAGCUUGAGGAACCGGGACCCUGCCUGAAAACAUUGAUCAUCAGACUGUUUCACUGUCCUCAGAGUAUGACAACCUGUGGACCUUGUCAGGAAGACCUCAUUUCAUCUUAUGUGGGAACGUCGAAUAGCAAAAUAUAUAUAUAUAUAUAUUUAUUUUUUUUGCUUUCCCCCCCACUGGGUUGUAAAGUCUUCCAAGGGCGUCUUUGUGUUUCAUCUGACAACCUGCAGAACACAUUGUAAAGGAGGCAAAGCGGAGGACGACACUUUGAUGAAUUUGGUAAACUGUGGAGUGUGCAUCUGAAAUGUUGCGUGUGUUUGUGUUAUGUCCAUUUUUUUCUUUAACAGGUUUGCCCAGCUUUAAAAAUUGUGGACUUUGUAAGAAUUUGAGGCUGUGACAUUCAGCUGACACUGUGCAUCAGAUUGUAAAGAUAACAAUGCACUAAUGAUUUGGAGCAAGGAAGCCGAUUAUCAUCGAGCUCUGAGCCAGAAUAAGCCACUAGAGGCAACUUGCAAUAUUUUAUUGUUGACAACAGCUAUUCGGUCCUCUGUAGACUUAAUCUCUAAAAACUGCAAUACUUUUUGUAGGUGUUGUACUUUUUGUAGGUGUUAUAGCUCUAUAUGAGAGCAGAUUUAUAAUUUACAUUUUGUAUAAUGUAAAUCAGCAAACAAGAAGCGAGAAGGCCUCCAGCCCAGAAAUCAGUUCUCCCUCAGGUUUUCACUCUUGUGCCGGUGAGUUACAAGUCAGGUAACAUUGCCGAUUUAUUCAUGACUUUUUUAGUGAUUCAUUAGUUGGAAUAAAAAGCUAAAAAGUUUAUAACAAAAUGGAUUUUUGUACCAUAUGAUUCCCAUAUACUAAGACAUUACUUCCAAUGUUUGAGCCAGUUUACUUAAUCAUAUUUUGCUCUUAACCUUUUUUUUUUUUUUUUUUUUUUUCAUAAAGUGAUGUGGUUUGGUAAACUAGAUUUUUACUGAUUGCAAACUGCAUUUAUGGAAAUAACCAAAUUCUCAGCAGUUUCAGGUUUUACAUUUCCUCCAGCACCUCGGCUGUGUUUGAAGUAGUGUUAGUGUCACUGUUUUAUUUUUCAGAUCUUCACCUUAAUGAUUUUUUUUUAUUUUUAUUUUUUUAUUUAUUUAACUUGGCCUGUAUUUGCUACGAAAGUUCCUUUAGACUUGAUGACAGCUUCUAGUAAAAAGGAUAGUUAAUUUUAAUCAAAUUUUGUUCAUUAAGUAAUGUAAUAGAAAUAACUAAAUUAAUAAGUACAUUUAGUUUGACACCUCAUUUAUUUUAGGUUUUUCUUGGUAAAGUACAUUUGAUUUUAAUUUCAGGAAAUAAAGUAUUUUCGCAAAAUGUCGCGACGGACCAGUAGAUUUUAACCUGUCAUGAGAUUUAGUUCUGUCAGAAACUGUAAAUUGGCAGAUUAUAAUGCACACUACUUCGAUGUGGACUAGUAAUUAAUAUAUCCACAUAGAUGUUUAAUAUAAUCACAGGAGAAAGGAACAUUUUAAGCAAGAGUUAAGUAAUAUUCAAAACUUUAAAAAUAAUAUUCAAAAAGAAAUUGAUAAAUCUGACUUAAAAAUAAUAAUUAAAAAUAAUGACUGCAGUUUACAGAUUUUAUUUUACUUGCCUAAUUCGGUGCAGGAUAAGUUCUAAAUAGUAUUUUAUCAAGAAGUACCGAUUUGGUUAAUUCGAAGUUAAAAAAGUUUUCCUUCUUUCCACAGUCGGUGUAUAUCCUAUAGAACAGAAGUAGAAACACGCAGGUGGAUCAAUUGGACUGAAAUGUAAAUUUAAACACUUGUAUUGUUAUGUAUGUCUGUUGGUGUUGUGUACCAUUUGUUUUUUCUCUAACAGGUUUGAUCAUCUUUAAAGGUGUUGGACUUUGAGAUGGAACUUUCCAAACCACGAAUUUCAGAGUCAGUGGUAAAGGCAGAUUUAGCAAAGAAUACAUUCAGCUGGACGUCGCUCCGAGAGCGAGAUUAUUAAUGAAGAACUAGGAGCAAAUAGCCAAUGUUGUUAGAAACCAAUCAUAAUCAUUGAUUGAUAGGUGGUGGCUCACUAGUUUGGACUGAAGCUGGGAAAGUUGAGAAUUGAUUUUUUUAUUGCAGUUACAGUAAAGGUUGAACUGAAGUUCAGAACAUGGAUCCUACAUUUAGUUUUUGUAUUGUUUGGGUAAAAUAAUCUUUCAGACGUAAACCACUCCAUCAGGCCGAUGCCAAAUCAACCUCAGUCCCAUUCUGAAUAAGCAGACUGGUUCACAGUUACAUUGACGGAAACACGUUGUGCCGACAAGUCACCACAUUGUAGGAAGUGAUGAUCAAAAACCUGUAACUUGAACUUAGACAUUGCUCAGAAACAGUGGCUGAAGUAUGUUCCACUGCCAACAGGUUAGAGCUGCUCUCGCUUCGCCCUGACGAUGAGAGAUCAAGGCAGAUUGAACUGUACUAGAAACCUCCUCUACCUCAGUCUCAUGUAUUCGAUGCCAAUGAUUAGGCACAAACUGUGGCUCCUUUUAUAACUGUCAAACUGAAGCUGUGAGGAACAUUAAUAUAAGUCAUCCCAUGUCUGAAUGAAGUUAUACUCAUUAAACCAAGAAGCUGGUUGUGAUUGAUAUUCCAUCUCUGAAAGGAGCCGGAGGAAGCAAAGCUUUGAACCUUUCAAUGAGAAGCUCGCUCUGGGAGAUUUAAAGGUGGCAUCAGGCAGCAUUUAGCAUUUUACACAAUGAUGUGUUGGAGGAUUGAACACACUUGAUUAUUGAAUUAAUCACAAUAACCUUUGAUUGGAUGUCUGUAGAGGGGGAGUAAGUGAUUCUAAUUGGUUCAUUUUGUCAGAAUCUUCAUUUUUCCCUCACGUUUUACCAGGAACCCCCGGUUUGAUACAAAGCCUUGAGACUGGAGAUUUGAAACAACUUAUUGCUUUUCUAGCCAAUCAGCAACCGGGGUCGCUGAUACCUGUUGUCUCCUUGUUUUUUCUUUAUAACAGAGUUUUUCAGCCACGAGGACGGGACAUUAGACGCCCUGAAUUUCGCCAUAGUGUUGUUGCACGGGGGGGGGAUGUAUUUGUUUUGCUGUGAGGUUCAAUUAUCAGCAGUUGUUAAAGAAUCACUUACUCCUCCUUUAAAGACAAACUCUUAUUCAAGAUUUAUUUAAAAGCAGCAUCAAGCACAGUGACUAUAUGACUGAUGUCUGGAACUGGGUUGUCCGCUGUUUCCAAUACCUGUUCUCAUUUUGGCUUCGGUCAAAGACAUUCUUAAGAAUUUAUUUGUCAGAACUUUGAUAAGAUUUAUUUGAAGGCAACACCAAGCGCAUGUGACAGACUCGUCAGUAACUUUCCUACAGAAGUCUGACAUGAGGAUCUCUAGCUGCCAAUGCAUUUUUAUUUUAUCUUAGAAGCAAAAAGUAAAGCCGAAUCUUUGACACUGACAUCCUUAGAUUGGUUGAAAGGCUUCAUGUCAUUUAUCACCCACACUUUCAUAUUCAUUCUCUUUUGUGAAACAUUCCUGACAUUAAACCUGUCAGGAAAAAUCUACAUUUGCUCACCUGACCAACCACCUUACUCACCAAUCUACCUGACGUAGGAGGCCUCGCGCACCUUACGGUUGAAGAGAGGAUGGUGCGUGUGUUGUGUGCUUAUGUCUUGUGUGUGUUAGUGUGUGUGCGGGUGUAUGUUGUGUGUUUGUGUGUCACGUCUUUGGGUACAUGUGAGGUGUGCUAGCUGCUGUCAGCCAGCUUGUCAGAGACAGGCUGCCCCAGUCCACAGUAGAGGCUCUUCUCUGCAGUUGGGUUACAAUGACGAUCAGUAGUUCUGCAGAAGUCAGUGGACAGUAAAGCCUGGACUUGUUUGCACUGCAGCCUGAGGUAUGAUUACACAGAUCCGCUGAACGAGUAAGGUAAGUGUCCAAUCCAUGUUUAUAAUACAAGAUGCAUAAGCUCUCCCAUAACUUAACUCUUCUUUCCUGUGUCGCUGCUCUCAGUGACGCUCACAGGGCUUCUGGCAUCACACUUACAAACAAUGGGUUCACAGUGCAGAUCUCGAUUUCUCAACUUUUUUGUGUGUGGGUGUGGCGACGCAUUAUAGCCUGUGCAGUGUGUGUGUGGUUGUAGUACUUGAACUUCUCUAUGUAUGUGUGAAAACAACUGCCUGGACGGCUGGGUCACUGGUUCAACAUUUAAAAAAAUAAUGCAGAUGUGUGGAAUACAGCGCUGCAACGGGAAACGAGUCGUUGUGCAAAACUCGUGAUCAGCAGUGAAAAGUCACUGGAAAAUGUCUCGAGUCGAACCCUGCUUCAAUCUGUAAUUCUCUCAAAGUUCUGGUGCUGUUUCUGUCUUUUGACCGAACCUCCUUUACCUUUUGCCACAUGAGACGAGACACUACACACACUAAUGUAUUUUCUGGUUAGAUUCUUAAGAAGCUACAUUGCCAAGCUGAUUACCCCCUCAGAAACAACACAUUUGCCCAAAUCCUUAAUUUCCCCCAAAGUGUGGAUCACUUAAGUAUUAUUAGUCAUUACAACUAUAAAACAUGUAUAAUCUGUCACAUGUCGACACAGUGUUGAUAUCAGGAACAGCCCCUGUCACCACAACCCCUGACUUUGUUUGUGUGUCUUGUACAAUUAGAUAUAUUUUUGUGGUAGUGUGACGGGUUCCCGGCAGUUGGACAGUGACACUUUACACACACAGAGUCUCGUACUCAAUGCAGUUUGUUGAACUUUGAUCAUGACACAACUAUCGACUUGGUGUGAGUUUUAUCUGUCGGAGGAAGGAGGCAAAUAUUCUGAAUUCUUCUUCACAUUUCGUACUUUUCACUCAACAUCCGUCUGUUGAAUGAUAGACUGUAAACUUGGGAUUUAGUCUCUCACCUGAAGCUUCUUUGCUUCCAGAUCUUUAAUCUAGUUUGUUUUCUUCUUCUCUUGGUACAUUAUUUUGGAAACACAACUCCAACCCUAGAUGAUUCUCUGAGGAAUAUAAACAAGAUAUGGGAGAUUAUACAUUUUUUCCAAAUAGUUUCCAUUACAUGGAAAAUCAAUAUGUACUUAAAGAAUUAUAGGAACAAUUUUCUAUCUUGCUAACUUGGGGUUGGGUACCAUAUUGUUUAACAGUCCCAUUUGAGUUGCAGUGACUCUGAACUCUACUGCCUCUUAAUGUUUAUCAGUAAACAGCUUUUUAAAAACAGGGAAAACACCCAAAUCAGAGGUGAAGGUUUUCUACUGCAGCUUGUUCCAGUGUUUUUCAUUUAUUACAGUCAAUGAUGCUUUGAUGUCACAGCAGUUCAACACACUACUUUAUGGUGUCAUAGCUCAGUCACAUCUGAACACACUCAAAUGAGAUGCACAUAGAUUUAGAUUUGGUGCCUCACUUCAAUGUCAUGUCUGAUUUAUGUUUGUUAGAUUCCUCACGUGUUUAGAUUUUCCCUGUCAAAGUAAACCAGUGACUGUUGUGUGUCCAUUCAACGUUGUAUAUUAGGCAGGAAAUAUUAAUACUUAAUACAGCAUAUCAUGCUGAAUUGCCAAAAUGCAAAGAGGGGCUCAAGUGGAACCCUUGAAUUCAUACUUGAAGUUUACAUCAACCAAAGCAUUUAUGGUGAUCGUUCUAAAAUCUUUGUGUAUUACAGACCCGACACAGCAGUUACUUCCUAAAGUUUCUGAUCUUUUCUGAUCCUGCUGAUCAGUGUUGUUUGAGGAAAACCAGGAAACUAUUUUAUUGCCUUUCAAUUUAAAAUGUGCAGUAGCACCAGAGUCUGUUGCUCUUCUUUCCUCUCUCCUCUCAGUACAGUCUUACUCAUAUUGUCACUCUCUGUUUCACCUGAACACCCUGUCAUGCCAGUGACCAGCCCGCCAUGUUGAAAAGGUACAGUACCUGACUACUGUGGCCAUUUCCCUUUGUUGCUUCUACGUAGGAGUUGUAUUGUAGCUGCGAAGAACUCUUGUGCUGUUUACUCUCACGAGCUCGGAUAAGCUUUUUUCAAGAGGAAACUUCACUGUGAUGUGAAUCCAGCCCUGGAGGCUCUCGAUGCUUCUGUCUGCACUGUGAUCCAUUUUGUAUUUCAAACCCUGAUCAGUCCAAAAUCGUGUCCAUGUCCCGCUUCAAGAGUGUGAUGCCAGAAGUCCCUUUAGGCCUCUUCACGGCCUCGUCUAAAAGUGCACAGCCCCGAAAUCUGCACUGAAAACGACCACCUUCUGUAGAUGGUUUCUCCCGUGUGUCAAUGUGCAGCUCCCAGCUGUUUGGGGAUUCGCUGUAACACUCCUGAUGUGUCAGUUGGAAGUCCAGCUUCUCACGGCUCGGUAACAGAACUCACAGGUCUGCAACAGAUUUGCAAGUUGUCGCCCUGAAUUAGUUUUGUCACCUCUGCACUUUCAGAACAGACGAAAUGUGCUGAGAUGCCUUUUUUAAUAAGUGUAUCUGAACUUUCCAUACAUCUCUACACGCUCACAAACACCUGUAUCUGUUAUUCACAUGUAUUGCAUGUCCACAUUACAUUCAAGAAAUAUGUUUGUACCAGCGGAGAUUUUAAAGAAAAACAAUCACAAACACGUGCAAACACUUCACACACACGUAGAUGCUCAAGUCUUCACAUUGUUCUUUUUUUAAGGUGGCAACUUCAAAACAUGAGGUAGUAAUGAGUUCACUGUCAGUCUCUCACUGUCUGUUUCUCGCCACAGGAUCCUGGACCAGCUGACGGAGGCUGAUGAUCCACGUUGACUAACCACGGUAAAGUGAAGACGAUGUCUGAUUAAUACAAACAGAGCUGCAGAAGACUCGGCGUCAGAACUGAGGCGACAUCGGGACGACCUCGGUGGCUGCAGAUGGCGAAGCAGAACCAGGAAGUGUCCAACAGCGGGUUGACCUGCUGACCAGAGGAGGGGGCGGGGUUAACUCCUGAUUUCAAGUUUUAAUAAAUGAAUAUUAAAAAAUA